AUUACUAAGAAAUGAUGAGUCACCAACAAAAGAUAAUUUACAGACUGUGGACAACAAAGAGCCUCAAGUAGAAAAGUAGUUAAACUAAUCUGAUGAGAGAGACAACAAAGUCCUUUAGUUUUAGUUGACUACUAGGCUGGAAAAUCUUCUUUUGUCUUUAUUACAAUAUUAAUUCUUCUUUUACACCAUCUCUCUCAUCUCUGCAGAUCUAAAGAAACAGAGAGAGAUUAAGACAAAACGAUGAGAAAAGGAGAUUUAACUCCUGACAGAGAUCGCGUGACUGAGGAACAUGAGUUGCAAGAAACUCGGUUUAGUCCUGAAACAGAGAGGAACAAGAAUGCUAGACAAAACCAAAGAGAAGAAGAUGAUGAAGGAGAAGAAUCUGUGGAGGGAAUAUUCGAGAGCAGAGAGGUUCCUUCUUGGACGAAGCAGUUAACGGUUAGAGCUUUUGUGGUUAGCUUUGCGUUAAGCAUCUUGUUUAGCUUCAUUGUGAUGAAGCUUAACCUCACAACAGGGAUCAUCCCUUCUCUUAACGUCUCUGCUGGUCUUCUCGGAUUCUUCUUCGUCAAGACAUGGACCAAGAUGCUUCAUAAAUCUGGUCUUUUGAAACAACCCUUUACAAGACAAGAGAACACAGUUAUUCAGACUUGUGUUGUUGCUUCCUCAGGCAUUGCCUUUAGCGGGGGGUUUGGGACUUACCUAUUUGCAAUGAGCGAACGAAUAGCUAACCAUUCAGGAGAUGCUGCUCGUGGCGUUAAGGACCCUUCUUUGGGUUGGAUCAUAGCUUUUCUCUUUGUUGUCAGCUUUCUUGGCCUCUUCUCUGUUGUCCCUCUUCGAAAAAUAAUGAUAAUAGACUUCAAACUAACAUACCCAAGUGGCACUGCAACUGCUCAUCUUAUCAACAGCUUUCAUACUCCUCAAGGAGCAAAGCUGGCCAAGGAACAGGUGAGAGUGUUGGGGAAGUUCUUCUCCUUGAGCUUCUUGUGGGGUUUCUUCCAAUGGUUCUUUACUGCAGGAGAAAACUGUGGGUUUCACAGUUUCCCUACCUUUGGACUCAGAGCAUACCAAUACAAGUUUUACUUUGAUUUUUCAGCAACAUAUGUAGGUGUUGGUAUGAUAUGCCCAUACAUAAUCAACAUAUCUCUCCUUUUGGGUGGGAUUCUCUCUUGGGGGCUAAUGUGGCCUCUCAUUGAAACUAGAAAGGGAGAUUGGUUCCCUUCUGAUGUUGACUCUAGCAGCAUGAACGGUCUCCAAGCUUACAAGGUGUUCGUAGCUGUUGCUAUGAUCCUAGGGGAUGGUGUAUACAACUUU